UUUAAGUGGAUUUAUACAAGUUAGUAUUUGGAAUAUCAUUUUUGGUCAGGAUAUAUUUGCAUAGUUAAAAUAAAACGGAAACAGGUUCGGCAUUUUCAGAUGUUAGCAAAGAAAACAUUAUAUUGAAUGUGUUUCAAAAAACUGUAACUAAUCAUAUCGGAAUUCAAAGACUCAAGCAAAUGGGUGUAAAGAUGGAAGCUGGACUUUUGUUUCUGGCUGGUUGUGUGCUGGGUCAGGUUUGCUGUCUAGAGGAGCCAACGUGUUCAUCCCGAUGCGAGUUUGAGGCCAGGAUAUCGAGGCAGCUUGCAGAAAUACAGCAUAAUUUGUCCUCCAUCCGUCAAGAACGCGGGACGGCCUGCCGAGAUGGGUGGGUACCAUUUCAUGGCUCCUGCUAUCUGUUUGCCGACUCUGACUUUGUCGACUUCCUCGGUGCAGAGCAUCACUGUCGUCGAUAUGGAGCCCACCUGAUCCAUGUGAAUACGGAGGCGGAAAACAUGUUUAUUAAAGCCGAGCUAUCUAAGCUCCAUCCCAAACAGUGGUGGUUAGGGAUUCAGGAUUCGGAGUUGGAGGCUGUAUGGAAAUUCUAUGGGUAUGACUCUGUUGCAACGUUCACAGAAGAUGCACCUGCGUAUAAUACCAGGCCAUUGUUAUGUCUUGCUAUUCAAAAAAGAAAGGCAUUGGUGUUCACGAGACGUGCGGAGAUUGGACGUCAGCAACAGAGACGGCGGUACUUCUAAUGAGCAACGUACUUUCCGGAAAUCAGACGUCACCGCUUAUAGCUGUCUUGGGUCCUGAAAGCAGAACGGAUGCGGCGGCCGUCGCUCAUGUCCUUGGUUCAGUCUCACCGGACGUUAGAGUUCUCCAACUACAGUUUUCCAGCCCAGCAUUCGGUGGCGACGACUACCGGAAGGUCGAGAAUGUGACCAGUCUAGUUCCUGACAAUGAUCUUCAAAUUGAAGUAACAUUGCCAUGUUGGAACAGAGUUGUCGUUCUUUACAUUAAUACUUAAUAUAUUAUAUGAAAAAUCAGAUUGAAGUAUAAGUAACCCGCGAAUGAAGCGCUCAGGUUUAAACGAAACUAAACUGUUAUAUCGUAUAUGUUACUCAAAUAUCGGGGUGUGUCAUUAAUUUAAUUAACAGCCCAUAACAGGCACAAUUUCCCUGGCAGCGCGGUGACUUCACAUGCGAUUCAAGGCUUGUUAAAUUGUUGCGCCUGACUUUUAAGGCAGUUGCCCUUUUUGAGAACAAAACGGCUUAACUGACGAUAGAAACAUGAUAUCCUAUGUAAUGAAACCAGUUUUCCGCUUAGCGUGUGCUAUAUUUCAACACAGACGUAGGACUGUAAUUCUUACAGCAAUUUGAAAAGUCGAAUCUAUUUUGUUUUUUGUUUUUUUAUUGACGCGGCAGCAAAACAUAUCGUCACAAUUCGCGUGGGUUUACCGCAUUGAUAAAAUUAAUUAUUAAAAUCAACUUAUGGCUAAAUGGAAAUUGGCGAUUAUUUGCGCUACUAAAUUGACAGUUGGCGGUUAUUAUCCGCUUAAUGGAAUUUUAGGUUGUCAUGGAAGAUUAUAUGUGAAUCUGUACUGAGAUCUCAUUGGCGGAGGCAAUAACCUGAACACUUACGGUCGUUCUGUAUUGAAAGAUGAGCAGGGAUUGAUCACAAAGUUCAUUUUUAAGUUUCUUUACUACGUAUAUAUUUUCUGAACAGUUGUAACAAUGUAAAGGAAGCGGUGAAUCAUUUAUUAUAACCCAUGAAUCAAUAAUUAUUAAAAACAAUCAAAAACAGUACAUAUUACUUAAGAUAAGUGAUCUUCACCUUUCUAAUAAAAUAAUGGUUUUCUUUAAUUCUCCAUAGUAAACCAUUAAGACAUUUGGUUAACGCAAAUGACGAUAGUAGCCUUGAAAUUGUUAAUUGUUAGUGUACGAUGUUUAUAUGAUAUACGCAAUACGUCCACGAUUUCACUAUCUGCGCAAUCACAAGUGGAAGUAGACGGAGUCAACCGAAAGUACGAGUUGUACAAUUUUCAAGCCAAGGCAACGCUUGUCAAGGUGUGUAGAUUAUAAACAAAUACUUACAAACAAUACAAAUAUAAGGAUUUUUUAAAUUUCUUGUUCUUUGUUAAUUCAGAAAUAUGACGAUAAAACAAAAUCCAAUAAACAACACUCAUUCGUAUAAUACUUAUAUAAUAGUUGUAUGACCUGUCAUAUGUACCUCAUGAAUUACGCGCCAAGUGUAUAUAACUUAAACGCACACCUUUUUAAGGUCGGAGACUUCGCAAACGGUCGGUUAACUUUAAAUACAAGCCUCAUCCGUGACUACAACGGGGAUAUCGAGUUAAUGUGGCCGCAGCUUCGGAAGGCAGUUUGUCCCUCUUGUGACGAUUGUGAUGAGUGUUACUCUAUUUCCAAUCUCCAAUAACGCUAUAUUGUCGAUGAAGGGGACGCGUAUGUUGUUGGAAUUAAUCCCAUUUUUAACUCAGACGGUGAAACCGGGUGUGGUGAGAUUUCCCCGACAAACGCUUAUACGGUUGCUGAGGCGAUUCGGUUUGCUGUCAACCAGAUCAAUAAGAGCAGUUUGUACUUUUCACAGUUAAAGAUCGGUGUGAUUAUGUUGUGUACAUGCA